UAUCACGCAGCACCCUUGCAUUGAUCCACACACAUGCCGUUAUUGCCGAUUCGCCUUCCUUGCCUCGAUAUGAAUAAAGAUCAUGCCCUCGAGCUCGACUUCCGACAUCGACUUCGGUUGAUGGCAAAUCGUCGAGCCCAGUGAGCAGGGAGACUCCAAACAAUACGGCACCAUGGAGUCACAUUCAGCAGCAUCGCUUAGCUCGCAGGCAUUCCAACCCGAUCGCAAAUCGGAAGACGCAUCCGAUGUCACUGACGAUCCGGCCGUCAGGUCCGAGUCUGCCGUCCAUCUACCAACGAGGCUUAGCGUCCAAGGCUUGGAUGCUCAUGAAAAGCCUCACGACGCACAAGCCUCUGGCACAACAGUCAACGAUCCUCACUUCAAAGUCGUGUUCGAGGACAACGACCCAGGAAAUCCAAAGAACUGGAGUGCAGUUCUAAAGGCCUGGAUUACCUUGCAGCUUGGGCUUCUUGCACUUGUCGGCUCACUUGGAUCAUCUAUCGUCUCACCAGCAUUCGAUGUCCUCUCAAAUGAGUUCGGGAUCAGUAGAGAGGCGGCUGUGCUUGCAGUCGCGCUCUAUAUCCUUGGUUUUGCAUUAGGUCCAAUGAUGUGGGGACCUAUCAGUGAGGUGUACGGCAGAAAAUGGAGCAUGCUCCCAGCGAUCGUGGUCCUAGCGUUGUUCAGUAUCGGGAGCGCCACCAGUCAAAAUGCUCAGAGCUUCUUCGUCACUCGUUUCUUUGCGGGCCUGUUUGCGAGCGCACCAGUAAGCAAUGUUUCUGCGGCCCUGGGAGAUAUAUACGAAGCAAAGCGACGCGGAGUUGCAAUGUCUUUCUAUUCGAUCAUGGUCGUUGGCGGCCCUUGCCUCGGCCCAAUCAUUGGCAGUGGCAUCGUUGUCAACCCUCACCUCGGCUGGCGAUGGACAGAGUACAUUGAAGCGAUCUUGGCUCUGUUUGUUGCAUUUGUGACUUUGAUUGGCAUGCCUGAGAUCUACGCACCUGUUCUACUCAAACGAAAAGCCCAACGAGUGCGCAAGGAGACGGAUGAUGAUCGGUAUUGGCAUCCACACGAGGCUGUCAAGAUCACGCCGAGAAACGUGGUCACGAAAUAUUUCAGCCGGCCUCUCCUCAUGCUUCUGACCGAGCCGACGGUCACUUGUAUCGCCUUGUACGCCAGUUUCGUCUACGCGAACUUGUACCUUUUCCUUGAAGUGUUUCCCAUUGUCUUUCAGGAAAUGCGCGGAUACGGCCCCGUGGUGUCCACUCUGCCGUUUCUCGGACUCUUCACCGGAACUGUGCUCGCUAUUGGUAUCAACAUCGCCAACCAACCAAGAUACAUAAAGGCUGUUGAAAAAAACAACGGCAAGCCUGUUCCAGAAGCACGACUGCCCCCGUUAUUCGUGGGCAGCGCUCUAUUCGUGAGUUUAGCAGUGUUCAAUCCCUCGUACUAUCACAUGGCAAUCAAUGAUCGAUGGCUGACACAACUGUAGGCAGUCGGUCUCUUCUGGUUUGGCUGGACAGCAGACCCGUCAUAUUCGGUCGCAUUGCCUGUUGUAGCUGCGGUGUGCGUCGGAGCCGGGUUCAACGUUGCAUUUCAACAAUGUCUUAAUUUUUUGGUCGACCAGUA